AGACUUGUAUCAGAUGAAUUUAAAAAAGGAUACUACAAUUCCCUUAAUGCAACAGAAUACUUCAUUAGAAGUAGAUCCUGACUCUUAAAUGCUCCCACAGUUAACCCUCUGAUGAUUGUUCUUAAACCAGCUCACUCAUGUGAAAUUACCCUGAUCACAUCACUAGCAUCAUUAUUUAAUUUAGACUUUGGAUCCCCAGCUCCCUGAUGAUGGCUGAGCAGUUAUUCUUAUGUUAAAUACGUUUCCUUUGUAAGACUCAUUUGAGCCUCAACACAUUGUGGUUCACUUUAGAUUGUAGGUGACUCAAAACUUGAACGGCCAGCACAUGAUUACCACAUCAUAAAGGCAAGCUCCAUGAAAAGGUGCAGAAGGGGAAGUUUUAAGUUGUUUGUUUCCCUCUUUGAGUUAAAAAAAAAAAAUGCAAUACUGCGAAUCUAUUGUUUACAUGUCUGAUCGAACAGCUGCAUGGGGAAGUAAAUCUGAAGUUGACAUUUUUAUAUUUUUUGCAUAUUAUCUGCUGAUGAUUUUUUAGCUUCCUGAUCUUCUACAAACUUACCUGACUCUAACCUUUGACGGAGAUAUAUAUAUAUAUAACUGUCCAUAUGUGUAUGGUUUAGGUAACCACAGUGGGUUUGAAUCACUCAUCAUGUGAAGAAAGGAAAGAGGAACUAACAGCGUUUGGUAACAGUAUUUUAACUCACGAGUUUUCCACCGCUUGAGUAUUCAUCCAAUGCAGACAGCACCGGAGGCGUGUGCAUUUCAGAGCUAUAAAAUAUCUUAAAGACAACACAGAUAUCCAGAUGUUUUCUCGGAACACGCCGGGUGCCCUGAUGCGUUUUUACGCGUGAAAUCCUCGGACCAUUACUCAAUAAAAGCUUUUCUUGAAGCAUUAAAUAUUUGUCCUGAAAGUUAAACCAGUUCAGCUGACCAGCUUGGAAUAAUCCAGUACAUUGCGUUUAUUGUUACUUUUGGGGAGAUUUUUGGCGUAUACCCAAGACCAAAGGUUGAACAGAGUUUUUGCUCAACGUCUUGUUGGUGUUACUAUUUGCAUCAUGUAUUUGUCAAUAUGAAAACAACGGAUCUUUUACUGUGAAUAAAGGAAGUUUUAUCACAGGAGUGCAAUCAAUCAUGGAGCCUUAUGUGCGCACCGAGCGCUCUUUGUCGUUCUGCAGGAGGUUAUGUUUUGCAAUGGGACAUUUUCAGAACGACCUGUGUGCGUCUAUGUGGUUCACCUAUCUCCUGGUCUACCUCCACAACGUGCUGGGCUUCCAGAGCACCUACGCAGGUGUGCUGCUGCUCAUAGGACAAAUAGCUGACGGCCUCUGCACGCCUUUGGUUGGAUAUGAAUCCGACAAAACAUUAAGUGGCAUCUGUGGAAAAAGAAAAUCCUGGCAUCUACUGGGAACUGUUUGUGUUAUUAUAUCGUUUCCCUUCAUUUUCAACCCCUGCCUGGCCUGCACCGACAGCAGUCCUCAAUGGGCUCAGAUUGUAUACUUCUCCCCCUUCAUCAUCAUCUUCCAGUUCGGAUGGGCAGCCACCCAGAUCUCCCACCUGUCCCUCAUCCCGGAGCUGGUGACCCGGGAGAGCGAAAGGGUGGAGCUGACUGCGUACAGGUAUGCCUUCACUGUGGUGGCCAAUAUCACAGUGUUCACUGUAGCCUGGCUGCUCUUUAGAUUCCAGACUCCACACAAUAUCAACCCUACCAUCACAGACAAUGUGGGCCCAGUGGACAUCCCUCUGUUCAGGGAUCUGGCCCUCAUUAUGCUGGGCCUUGGGGCUUUAUUCUCUCUGGUUUUUCAUGUGGGCACAAAGGAGGGGACAUUGGCUUCAGAGAGAGAGAAUCUGCUGAUCACACCUGCCCCGUCACAGGAUACCCCACCUCGUACUGUGUUUCAAUGGAAGAAUUGGCUGAAGGAGCCCUCCUUCUACCAGAUGGCUUUCCUGUACAUGUGCACUCGCCUCAUAGUCAACUUAUCUCAGACCUACAUUUCAAUUUUCAUCACCGACUCACUGAUGUUGCCAAAGAACUUCAUUGCCAUCAUACCUCUGGUGAUGUAUCUCAGCGGCUUUGUUUGCUCAUUGGUCAUGAAACCAAUCAGUAAGCUCAUAGGAAUCUAUAUCACUUAUUUAGUCGGCCUGGCGCUGGUGUUUGCAUUUGGCAUCUGGGUGUAUGUGGCCAAGCACAUGGGAGCUGACAGCAUUUAUGGAGCCGCCGUGCUGCUCGGAGCCGGCACAGCUACUAUCCUGGUUAUGUCUCUUUCAAUGACCGCCACGCUCAUUGGGGACCAGACGCAGCAAAGUGGAGCCUUUGUUUACGGGUCAAUGAGCUUCACAGACAAGGUGGCUAAUGGUCUUGGGGUCAUCCUCAUCCAGAGCCUCCGGCCAUGCAACACAGAAGCCUGCUGUCCAGACUGUGUCUGGUUCUAUCGUGACGUCAUGGCCGUUGUAACCGGGGGUGUGGCCAUUGCUGCAGCAAUUUGCCUGUUCACAAUUAUGACCUGGCCAAUCAGGAUACGGAGAAAUUAGGGUUCAAAGUCUGUGCUGCAAUAAUUGAUACUGCUUGCUUCUGUGAGAACAAACGGACAGCCUCUUGUCGAUAUAAUAACUUACAGUACAGUUUUGUCGAUGUGUCAUUUUUAUAAAUGUUGUUGUUGGACAAGGGAAACCUUGCAAAAAAAUGUAAGCCAUGCUGCCACCUAGUGUCUGAAAUAGUAUCUACACUGCCUCCCAGACUUCAAAAUAAGAAUUAUAUAGACCAGGGAUGGACAAUUUUGGUCACUUAAUUCUCACUGCCAGAGCGACCAAUUGUAGGAUACUCUUAGGUGGACUUAUAAUUCAACCAAAGGAAGGAAUACAUAGCUACUGAUUCUAAAUUACGACCAGUCAAGACUACCAGCGAUGCUCCUUUCUAAAAUAACAAAUCACUUCAGUUCAUUUGUUAUCUCCCAGUUAUGGCCACAGCCUUCAGAUUUUGUCAUGUUUUCUUCAUGUUUCCAAUUAAUUGAUAUGUAAAAACUGACCUGAGGGCCACUUUGAGUGUUGAGGGCCACCAGUUGCCCAACCCUGAUAUAGAUGAUACAGGUAGACAUGCAUCAUUAAACAGUCUUUAGAUGGAUUCAGAGGUGUAAAAUAAAUGUAGGAAGUGACACAAAUUAUUAUAUUUUAUAUUUUUAUCUAGAUGUUUUAUUGGAAGUUUAACAAACUGCACAACUUAGCCGAAGCUGGGGACGCACAACUUUACAGACAUUUCACAUGAAAAAAAUACUUUAAGUGACACCUGCAUGUCAAAGGCACUGGAACAAAACAGAAUUUCUCAGAUCAAUUCAAUUUGGUGAUUGAAUUGAUUAAAUAAAAAUGCAACACCCUUUUAAAUCAAUGAUCAUCAGAUAUGAGAAAUAAUAAACUUGUUCCUCGUUUUGUCUAUGACUAUGGUAUGUAAACAAAGUAUACAUCAACAUAUAAGAACCAAUUUCAGUCAUUAAAGGAAUUAUACCAGAAAUAUUAA